CUGAGGUGUUGCAUUUAUUUUCUUCCGCCGUACCUCGAAACAUUCUUUCCGAAGCCGAACAUCAUAUCAUGAAAAAUCUCAACAUGUCGUGAUUACCGUUCACAUUUGUAUCCAGCUACAUUUUAAAAACAUGACGGGCAUUCUUAACAAACUUUACAUCUCGUUUGUUUUGUUAUUCAUGCUGUUUCAUUCUGAUGUUCUGAGGUUCUCUGUGGCGGCACAAGGGAGCGAUGAGUCACUGGAGCUCAUGCGGUCAGAGGAUGCAGUGUCCGACUUGGAGAACAGCCCCAAGUUUGUGGAGUCAGACGACCUGGAAUCUCUGCCGAAGAGGCAGUUCAAGACGGCUGAGAUCGCAGAUGCCGUGAUGGGAACAGAAGCCCCCAUAGAUCCAUCUGACAUCGAAUCCCUCUUUCCCAAAAAUGUGAAAGACUUCCAGUCAGGCUUCUCCCCGCCUUGUGACGACAACAGUGCCCAGUGUGAUGCACAUGAUGUGGCUGCUAAUGGAGCAUCACUGGAGGAGACAAGCUCUGAAUCAUCACAGCAGGUCACUCUUGAAAUAGUGCACGCGGACAUCAGUCCAGUGGAGGAGCAGAAUGCCACAGAGACCGCCAAGACGUACAAGGUGAACUGUGAUAAGAGGAACAUCACAGGAAUGGACAGUUUCACUGUGCAGGUCCUCAAUGCUUCACAGGACCUGAUGGAGUUCCUGAAUGCUAACAGCACAGAGUGCUCCGUGGUGUUAUUCUUCACCGCCUGGUGCCAGUUCUCAGCCAACCUGGCACCACACUUCAACGCCUUGCCCAGAGUUUUCCCCAGCAUGCACUUCCUGGCGCUGGAUGCCUCGCAGCACAGCAGCCUCUCCACGAGGUUUGGGACCGUGGCGGUGCCCAACAUCCUGCUGUUCCAGGGAGCCAAACCCAUGGCUCGCUUCAACCACACCGACAGAACUCUGGAGACGCUCACCUCCUUCAUCAUUAACCAGACAGGGUUUGACACCGCCUCCGACAGAAACGUGAUGGACGCAGACCUUGUCGGCCCUCUACCCAGCGUCCCGGUGAAGAGCAUCGACUGGCUGCUGGUCUUCUCUGUCCUCUUCAUCAUGGGCUUCACUACGUACGCCAUCCUGCGGACUGACAGCAUCCGCUGGCUCAUACCGGGACAGGAGCACGAGCACCAGGACUGAAAGCACGCACACAUACACAGACUGCAAGUCACUGGAUGUACAUGAUGAUUGGAUAAAUGGUUUCCUUUGUUAUUAAAAUUAACAGUUGCUAAUUUGUUUAUGCUUCAAGUGUUUGAUGAACAAAAUUAAUUUAUGUGAGCCAUUGUGAUUUAUAAUAAAGAUUAUAAUGAUUUGUA